CAGGAGGGCGUGGUACUACUAGCAUCCCAGAUAAUCCUCGACGCUAACCACGCUUUCCCUUCCCUUCACUUCCCUUCCCUUCCCCCUCUCCGAGCCCGAACCCAAGCGAAAUCGAACCGAAGCGGACCAAAUUCCGGCUCCGCAUGGGCUUCCCCGGGCGCUGAUCCGGCGGGCGGACGCUAAUGCGGCGCCGCUAGAGGGAUCUGCUGCGCCCGCGGGGUCCGCAUGGCGGCGCAGGACGGCGGCGGCGGCGCGGCGGUGGUCCUCAACGUGUACGACCUCACGCCCAUAAACGACUACCUCUACUGGUUCGGCCUCGGCGUCUUCCACUCCGGGAUCGAAGUUCAUGGUUUGGAAUAUGCUUUUGGAGCCCAUGAUCUCUCAAUCAGUGGGGUUUUUGAGGUUGAGCCAAAAUGCUGCCCUGGCUAUGUCUAUAGAAGGUCUGUAUGGAUGGGCACAACUGAGAUGUCUAGGGCAGAGUUCCGCUCGUUCAUUGAAACUCUUGCAGGAAAGUACAAUGGGAAUACAUAUCAUUUGAUUUCAAAGAACUGCAACCAUUUUACAGAUGAUGUCUGUAAGAACAUAACCAAAAAACCAGCCCCUGGAUGGGUAAAUCGGCUAGCAAGAGUGGGUUACUUUUUCAACCGCCUCCUACCAAAAAGCAUUCAAGUCUCUACUCUUAGUCACGGAGCAACUCAUCCUGCAAUCUCUGAUGAUGAUGUGGAGUCAACAUGUUCAUCCCUUAGUGGGGACAGUGAUGUGGAUGACCUGGACCAGCACCUGCUACCAGCAGCAGGCAUCGACCUCCAAUCUGUAAACGUGUCACCAAAGCUAUCCAAAGAUCUCGUUUGAAUUAUCCUGCCAUUUGGGUUCCCUGAUGCAAUUUAACGGUUGUACUUCUCCAGGCUGCGUGAUAUCCAAGUAUAGUCGAAUGUAUUUUUUGAACGACAAGCAUAGUUGAAUGUUGAUUCUUUUCGGCUCUUUUUUGCUGUCUGCGCACAUAGGAAUUCUCCAGUGGAAAGGUCACUCUGUAAAUCUUUGUUGUUUGCUAGUUGUCGCAUGAUUGUUCGGGUAUUAGUAUCAUGUGUUCUCGAAUGUUGCUAGGUCCAGGCAAAUGAUGCCAUCCUUCGCUACAACGGCCUUGAUGUUGUUAUGACAGCCUGAAUUGGCACCGAGCUGUUGUGGUCAUGGUAGUGCAAAUUUGAAACCCUGGCCUAGAGCAGUGCUUGUAUAGCCAGAGAAUAUGCUAUAACCAAAUGAUACAGUGUAGCCUUAAGUCAAUGUAUUGUAAUAUAACAGGUUGAUUUUUCCUGUGAUAUUUCAGUGGGAUUGAUGGUUAUAUCAAUUUCCUUAGUUGUAGAAGUUUA